AUGGAUUUGAAGACAUUUCUCAUGGAUGAUGAAAGUGCAAUGGAAAUUUUGAAAGAGUAUCCUUAUGAGUUUGACCCAAGUAUAGUAUCUGGAUUGAACCAGUGCGAGUCAUCUGAUGCUAGGAAACUUUGUAUAUUUGAUAUUGGUGAUAAAUUGAAGAAAAGUAAUAAAUAUGACAUAGGAGGAACUUACACCAAUGGUGAACCUGACUUGUCAUUCUAUUUCACUACAAGUGUUUUUAACAGUGAAAGGUAUAUUUUAAAUUUAUUUGUGUGUCACCGCAACAUAGAUUCAUUUAGAAUUAAAAUAAGUGAUGUACAUUCCAUAACAAAUAAAAUUAAAGAAAACGGACAGAAACCAAACUCAUCUUUAGUUUAUCCUGGUACAUUGAAAUCAAAACUAUAUACAUCAUCAGAAAUAGAUGAAAGUCACUACAUCAGGUCUUUCCAAUUCUCAAAAACAGACCUUAAUGAUGUACAUACUCUUUACGUACCAAUUGAAAUUGAAUUUAAUAUAAAGCCUACAAUUGAGAAGGAAGUACUGACAUGGAUAAAAGAAAAUCAUAACUUUAAAAUAUUUAAUGUAAUGGAAAAUACUGAUUUUACUUUAAUAUCCUCAAGUGGAAAAAAAUAUGAUACACAUAAGUUACUUUUAGCUAUGCGUAGCUCUGUUUUGAGAGAUAAAAUAAGAAAUUCACAGACAAAUCUCAUGACUUUGAAAAUUGACGAUGACGAAAUGAGUCUAUUACUUGAGUUUUUAUAUACAGAUACUAUAUGUGAUAUAGAUAAUAAAGAUUGGGAUCAAAUUUUGAAAUUAAUCGAGAUGUUCCAUAUUGAUGGCCUUGUCAAGCUUAUCCAGGUGCCUAUGCGUGAAAGGAUUUGUGUAGACAAUGCCAUCCACAUUGCAACACUGUCUGAAAAGUACAAAUUAUACGAUAUACAAAGAAAUGUUACUGACUUCAUUAUGAAGCACCCUGAAGUACUUGAAACUGAAAGCUGGAAUAAUUUAAAUGAUGUUGUAAUAACUAAGAAAUUACUGAAAGGAAUAUGUAAAAAUUCAAAA